AUGAGUAUUCCCGGUGAAAUUCCAAUAAGAUAUUUGGUAAUCGAUAAUGAUAGUUCUUGCGGUAUAAAUGCGGAACAGGACGUCGCUACUCAGUCGUUUCAUUCCUAUUAUGCAUCAACUAGUGAUAAUUUAUUUUUUCCACAGUCAACUUCGCAAUGCGAUCAACUUUCGUCAGGUUUUGUUACAUAUGAAUAUGAAGAUUAUGAUAAUUCGAAUUGGAUUGAAGAAAGCUGUGCAAAUAAUGCUAUAGAAAAUAUAACAGAUGACGUCGGUCUUCAAGUUUCUUCAUUGAAUAAUUUAUAUUCGCGUUGUUCGUUAUGCGAUAUGUUAAUCGAUGUUGAAAGUUACAAUGUUCACAAGAAGAACUAUGUUGUGAAUGCGAUGAAGAAUUUAAUUUGGAAUGUAACUGUAAUAUACAUGGAAUGCUUGUGCAUACUCAUCCAGAAGCUAUCGAUGGUCGAAAUUUUAAAUGCAUGUUAUGCUCAAAAAUAUUUGUUCGAAUUUCAGCUUUUGACGCUCAUCUUAGAACACAUUUGA